AUGCCUCUUCACAACUACAAAAAACAGAGUUGUGACAACAACAGCCGCCUACCACAUCACCAUGAUCAUGUGGUCGUUGUGAUGGUGCCGUUUCCGGCACAGGGACAUCUCAACCAGCUCCUCCAGCUCAGCCGCCUCAUCUCCGCCUACAACAUCCCCAUCCACUACGUCGGCACCGCCACCCACAACCGCCAAGCCAAGCUACGAGUCCACGGCUGGGACCCACUUUCCGUUUCCUACAUCCAUUUCCACGAGCUCCCGACCCCGACUUUUCAAAACCCUCCUCCAAAUCCCAAUUCCAAGAUUAAAUUCCCGUACCAUCUCCAACCAUUAUUCGACGUGGCAGCGGAAGAGCUCCGCAGCCCAGUGGCUUCUUUACUCCGGUCACUCUCCGCCGCCAACAGGAGGGUGGUUAUUGUAAACGAUUCUAUGAUGGGAUCAGUGGUUCAAGACUUCAUUCGUUUCCCGAACGCCGAGGCCUAUACUUUUCAUAGUAUUUCGGCUUUUACGAGCUUCUUUUUCCGGUGGGAAACUGCCGGAAAGCCCUUUCCGGUUGAUGAAGAGAUUCUGCAGAAGCUUCCAGCUUUAGACGGUUGUUUCACUCCCCAAUUUACGGAGUUUGUUAUAAACCAAUCGGAUUACGCCAAGAAUUCUUCGGGAAGAAUUUACAAUUCAUGCAAAGAGAUGGAAGGUCCUUUUCUUGAUUUGCUUUCCAAGCAAGAAAUCAGCGGAAAUACCAAGCAAUGGGCUCUUGGCCCUUUCAACCCAGUUCGGGUCCAAAAAGGCGAAGAACCGAAUCAAAGACCAAAUACUCAUAAAUGUCUCGAAUGGCUCGACAAACAAGGUAUGAACGAAGUAAUCUUGGUUUCUUUCGGUACCACAACUUCAUUUUGUGAUGAACAGAUUCGCGAAAUUGCGAUCGGGUUAGAGAAAAGCGAGCAAAAAUUCAUAUGGGUUCUGAGGGACGCCGACAAAGGAGACAGAGCUGUGAGGAUAUUGAUGGCGGAGGACUUAGGCCACGAAAUGAGAAAAAGGGCUUCAAAGUUGGGGGAAUCUGUUCGGUGUUCGGUGGCUGAUGGUGGCUCUACCAAGGUAGAGUUUGAUGCUUUCAUAGCUCAUAUCACAAGGUAG